AUGGCGCCGCAAACUGCUUUCGCUCAGGUGUUGUUUGAUGAAUUUGGACAUCCUUUCAUUUUAUUGCGUGAUCAAGAGAAACAGAAACGUUUAACGGGUAUCGAAGCUUUAAAGAGUCAUAUUUUGGCUGCACGUGCCGUGGCAAAUAUCAUGAAAUCAUCUUUGGGACCGCGUGGUAUGGAUAAGAUGCUUGUUUCAAGUGAUGGAGAUCUUACGAUUACUAACGAUGGUGCGACGAUUAUGAGCAAAAUGGAUAUUGAGCAUCAUGUUGCAAAUCUUAUGGUUGAACUAUCAAAAAGUCAAGACGAUGAGAUAGGUGAUGGUACGACAGGUGUUGUUGUUUUGGCUGGAGCUUUAUUAGAGCAAGCAGAAAGUCUGCUUGACAAAGGUAUUCAUCCUAUCAAAAUAGCUGAUGGUUUUGAUAUGGCGUGCAAAAAAGCAGUGAUGAAGUUGGAGGAAAUUUCCCACACCUUUCCUAUUCAUAACCGUGAGCUACUUGUUGAGUCGGCUGUUACUGCCUUGGGUUCGAAAAUUGUUAAUCGUUGUAUGAGACAACUCGCGGAAAUUGCUGUAGAUGCUGUAAUGUCAGUAGCAGAUCUGGAGAAAAAAGAUGUUGAUUUUGAACUUAUCAAAAUUGAGGGUAAAAUUGGAGGAAGACUAGAAGACACUUGUUUAGUUAAAGGGGUUGUUAUUGACAAAACGAUGAGCCACCCUCAAAUGCCCAAGGAAUUAACAAAUGCCAAGAUUGCUAUACUUACAUGUCCAUUUGAGCCACCGAAACCGAAAACGAAACACAAGCUUGAUAUCUCAUCGACAGAAGACUUUCAGAACUUACGAGAGUAUGAACGGAAAACAUUUGAAAAAAUGAUCAUUUUUCAGGUGAAAGAUAGUGGUGCAACUUUGGCUAUCUGUCAGUGGGGAUUCGACGAUGAGGCAAAUCACCUCCUUCUUGCCCACAAUCUUCCAGCUGUUCGAUGGGUUGGUGGACCAGAAAUUGAAUUAAUAGCAAUUGCUACUGAUGGUCGCAUUAUUCCACGUUUUGCUGAAAUAAAGCCGGAAAAAUUAGGCAGGGCAGGCAAAGUUCGCGAAAUAUCAUUCGGAACAGCGAAAGAUCGAAUGCUAUGCAUUGAAGAAUGUCCAAAUAAUCGGGCCGUGACUGUAUUUAUUCGCGGGGGUAAUAAAAUGAUGAUCGAGGAGUCAAAACGCUGUUUACAUGAUGCACUUUGUGUUGUGCGAAAUUUGAUCAAAGAUAAUCGCAUUGUAUAUGGAGGUGGUGCUCCUGAAAUUAGUUGUUCUCUUGCUGUUGCAGAAGAAGCAGAUAAAAUCGAAGGCAUCGAACAGUAUGCGUUCCGUGCUUUUGCGGAUGCUCUUGAAAGCAUUCCCAUAGUCUUGGCUGAAAAUUCUGGCCUCUCUUCUCUUGAUACAGUGACUGAUCUCAAAGCAAGACAAAUUGAAGAGUCUAAUCCAAAAUUGGGUGUUGACUGCACUAAUUUUGGUUGCAACGAUAUGGAAAAACAAAAAGUUAUGGAAACGUUAUUAUCGAAAAAGGCACAGAUAUCGCUUGCUACGCAGGUUGUGCGCAUGAUUUUGAAAAUCGAUGAUAUUCGAAUUCCAGAACCACAUUCACAAGAACAGUGA